GAGAUAAAUCGAGUGCGCAUUCACGGGCACAGAUCAAAAUUAUCAUAGCACAGACUGAACACUGCGCUCAUUGACUGGAAAUCUACAUUUUAUUUACUUAAUUUAUUAUCCCCAAAUUAUAUUAAUCCUAUUAUAACAUUGUGAUAUAAUAACUGCAUAUCUGUUAUUGCAGCCCCUGUAAUAAACGGUUCGAUUUUCUGUCUAUGAGCUCAUCCCUGCCUAGAUGAUAGGAGGAGAGAGAGGAGGGACGUAAACAUAUUAGACAGAGCACUCUUCAGUAAAUCUACUGUUCUCUUGUAGUCUGUCUUCGCGAGUGAUCAUCUGAAAUGGCAACCAGUGUAAAGAGGCCGUCCCUGGGUCCGGUCCCUCCCCCCAGGAAGAAGUCCAACCCCAAGACGGAGCUCACUGAGGAGCUGAAACAGGAGAUCAGAGAGGCCUUUGAACUGUUCGACACCGACGCCUCUGGAUACAUCGAUGUCAAGGAGCUAAAGGUUGCUAUGAGGGCGCUGGGGUUUGAGCCGAAGAAAGAGGAGAUUAAGAGGAUGAUAACGGAGGUGGAUAAGGACGAAACAGGAAAGAUCUCCUUCUCUGAUUUCCUCACCGUCAUGACUCAGAAGAUGGCUGAGAAGGAUUCUAAGGAGGAGAUCCUGAAAGCAUUCCGUCUGUUUGAUGACGAUGAGACAGGGAAGAUCUCCUUCAGAAACCUGAAGAGGGUCGCUAAGGAACUGGGAGAGAGCCUGACUGACGAGGAACUGCAGGAGAUGAUCGAGGAGGCAGACAGAGAUGGAGACGGAGAGGUGAACCAGGGAGAGUUCCUCCGCAUCAUGAAGAAGACCAGCCUGUACUGAGACUGGACCAGGGUGUUGUGGGGUUGGGGACAUACAGAGGAGACUGGGGGUUGGUUUUACAUGUUAUGUACUAGUCAAGUCAUUAGUCAGUUAUCCAGGCCUGUCCUAGUUUAAUUAGACCACUUCCUUUCCUCGUCUCCUUCCUUAUCUCCUUGCUGUCAUGACCUUUCAUCAGUUAGAUUCUUUAUAGCUCUUUUCUGUCUCUCAGUUAGAAUGCCCUCCAACACCCCCCUCCUCUACCCCUAGUCACCCCCUCCUCUACCCCUAGUCACCCCUCCCCUCUA